AUGGUUAUAAGUUGCAUGCCACAUGUUCUUAAUCGAUCUAGAUGGCGAGUGAAGGACGGUGGUGUAUCAUUUUGGUGGGAUAGAUGGUCAAAUAUGGAUCCUUUGGGAGACCGGAGGCUAUUGGUUGAACAGCCUAAUAUCUUGAUCAAGGAUCUAAAAAAUGAUAAUGGGUGGAGUGAAAAUAUGAUAGAGGAGGUAGUUGGGAGUGAUCAAGUGGGAGAGGUUCUUACUAAACUGGGAAAUAUCGAGACAGGCAAAGAUAGACUUAUUUGGGCUGAAAGCUUGGAUGGAAAUUUUUUUGCAAAACGUGCUUGGGAAGCUACAAGACGUCAGGGGCAGAUAUCACACUGGCAUGAAUAG